AGCGUCUGUGCGGGCCCGGGAGCGGCGGCAGCGGCCGGAGCCCGGUGAGGCGGCGGCGGAGCUCGGAGGCGGCCCCAGCGCAGGAUUUUUCAUUCCCAAGGAGUGGCCGGAUGGAGGAGGAGGAAAAGCCCCGGAGAUGCCACAGGAGGAGGGGCUGCAAACCCAGCGCAGGGAGCUGCGGGGAGCAAAGACCCCCCCUGUGCCAGGAGGGCGGCCGGAGAUCCAGCCAGAGCUCCGAGCUGGUGGAGAAGGCUCAUGGAGGAGAGAAGCCCCACAAGUGCUUGGAAUGUGGGAAGGGUUUCAGCUGGAGCUCCAACCUGAUCCGGCACCAGGUGAUCCACACUGGGGAAUGGCCCUAUGAGUGUGGGGAAUGUGGGAAGAGCUUCAGAGACAGCUCCAAUCUGAUCGAGCACAAGAGGAUCCACACUGGGGAAAAGCCCUAUGAGUGUGGGGAAUGUGAGAAGAGCUUCAGGUGUAGCUCCAGCCUUAGGAGACACCAGGUGGUCCACACUGGGGAGAAGCCCCACAAGUGCUUGGACUGUGGGCAGGGUUUCAGCCAGAGCUCCCACCUGAUCCAGCACAAGAGGAUCCACACUGGGGAAUGGCCCUAUGAGUGUGGGAAGUGUGGGAAGAGGUUCAGAGACAGCUCCAGUCUGAUCCGGCACAAGAGGAUCCACACUGGGGAACGGCCCUAUGAGUGUGGGGAGUGUGGGAACAGCUUCAUCCAGAGUUCCGACCUGAGGAGACACCAGGUGAUCCACACUGGGGAGAAGCCCUACAAGUGUGGGGAAUGUGGGAAGAGCUUCAGGGACAGCUCCAGUCUGAUCCAGCACCAGGUGAUCCACACUGGGGAAGGGCUCUACACCUGCUUGGAAUGUGGGAAGGGCUUUGGAUCAAGCUCCAGCCUGAGGAAUCACCAGCUCAUCCACACGGGGGAGAGGCCCUACGAGUGUCCUGAGUGUGGGAAGAGGUUUCACACCAGCUCCAGUCUCCUCGUACAUCAGCGGAUUCACACAGAGGAGAGGCCCUUCCGCUGCCCCGACUGCGGGAAGGGCUUCAAGUGCAACUCACACCUCAUCAGGCACCGUCGCAUCCACACCGGGGAGAGGCCCUACGAGUGUCCUGAGUGUGGGAAGAGCUUCUCAGAGAGGUCUAACUUGACCCAACACCAACGGAGGCACCACUAAGGGAAGCGCUGCGAGUGCCCCGAGAGCGGGAAGAGCUUCGUGCGCUGCUCCAGCUCCAUCCCCCGUGGGAGGAUCGGCCUUGGAUGAUCCCCUGUGACCCCCGUUGGGCAGAGCCCUGCUGAUCCGUGGUCCUGGUGAUCUGUGUUGGGAAGACACCUGGCUGGGAUGCUCCGCAUCUUCCUGGCUCCCUGUGGGCACCUGGAUCAAUGCAGGGGCCAGGAACAUCCAUUGAGACACAGACUGACAUUGGGAAUUCCUUGGGUGGAGUGGAUUUGUUGACUUUCAACCCCAGAAAAUCUUUUGCGUUCAAUCCUAUCAUCUGGUGGCAUCAAGGAAUACUGGAUGGUCUUGGAGGUCUUUACGAACCUCAGGGCGUCACAGUGCCCGCUGUGGCGGACAGGCGCUGGCCACAGGCUAGCUCAGCCUCACACACUGCGGCGAACGCUCUCGGGUCGGGGUCGCAGGCUGGGCAAGCGACCUCCUCCCCGUGGGGUCUUUGGUUCCCCCACACCAGCGACAGGACCAGUCGGAGUCGCGACCGCGGCGGCGAAGAAGGAGUCGUCUCUCUCAGGCAGGGUGGGAAGGUGACAUGGUCAGUAAGGUCUGUCACGUUCAGUAAAUGUCUUUCUUUGUCCUCUGUUGAAUCUGGCAGCGUAUCAUAGGCACUCCUCCCCCUCUUUUCUCCCCCUUCUGCCCGGUCCGUCCUAUUUCUUUCAUCACGCCGGGUGGACCUGCGCUCCCUUUCUAUUUUUUUUGGUUGGGCCUCUGGCCCAACGACCCAUCUUCCCCGCCUCCCCCUUUUCUGUUUUUCGGCGCCUCAAUCUCCUCCUUUAAAGGACUUUGGGAUGCCCAAUGUCC